AUGGACGGCAGCGGUGGCGGCGGCGGACGUGCCCUCGAUUGCCGCAGCUUCUGGAAGGCCGGCGCGUACGAGGGCCCCACUGCACCGACUAGAGAGUUCCAAGAUGCGCUGGAGGCGGGGGACUUCGACCGCGCGCGCGUGCACCCUAAGUUCCUCCACACCAACGCCACCUCCCACAAGUGGGCUUUCGGAGCUAUAGCUGAACUUCUUGACAAUGCGGUGGAUGAGAGAAGCAAUGGUGCCACGUUCAUAAAAGUGGAUAAAAGCAUCAAUUUGAAAGACAAUAGUUCAAUGCUAGUUUUCCAAGAUGAUGGAGGCGGCAUGGAUCCUGAAGGUGUCCGUCGAUGCAUGAGUUUAGGAUUCUCAACCAAGAAAUCUAAGACCACUAUUGGCCAGUAUGGAAAUGGCUUUAAGACAAGCACAAUGAGACUUGGUGCAGAUGCAAUUGUUUUUACUCGUGCAAUCCGUGGAAGUAAUGUUACAUUGAGUAUAGGUUUGCUCUCCUACACUUUUUUGAGGAAGACAAUGAAGGAUGACAUAGUUGUCCCAAUGCUUGAUUUUAAGAUCCAAGAUGGGGACAUUGUACCGUUGGUGUAUGGUUCACAGGGUGAUUGGGAUAGUAGUCUGAAGAUAGUACUUGAUUGGUCCCCUUUUUCUUCGAAGGAAGAACUUCUGCAGCAGUUUCAGGAUGUUGGUAGUCAUGGAACUAAAGUGGUAGUGUACAAUUUGUGGAUGAAUGAUGAUGGCCUUUUGGAACUUGACUUUGAGGAUGAUGAUGAGGACAUAUUACUUAGAGAUCAAGGUAGUGCAAGUGGGGGGUUCACAAAGAGUCAGAAAGAAAUUGUUAAGCAACACAUAUCCCACAGACUCAGAUUUUCAUUGCGAGCUUAUACCUCCAUCCUUUACCUCAGGAAGUUCGAUAAUUUCCAAAUUAUAUUAAGAGGAAAACCUGUUGAGCAGUUAUUUAUCACUGAUGAACUAAAGUUUAAGAAAGUCGUUACUUACAAACCUCAAGCUGCACAUGAUUCCCAUGUGGCCUUGGUAAAAAUUGAUGUUGGUUUUGCAAAGGAGGCCCCUAUUUUGGGCAUUUUUGGGAUGAAUGUCUACCACAAAGAUCGUCUUAUAAUGCCUUUCUGGAAGGUCCUUCAAGAAGGAUCUAGCAGAGGGAGAAGUGUGGUUGGUGUACUUGAAGCAAAUUUUAUUGAACCAGCACAUGACAAACAAGAUUUUGAGAGGACACCAUUGUUUAUUCGGCUAGAAGCAAGACUUAGACAAAUUAUUAUUGAUUUCUGGAAAGACAGGUGCCAUUUGAUUGGCUACCAGCCAAUAGAUCCACAGUUAAGAUCCCAGUAUAAGGCCACCCUCAAAGAUUCGGGUGGUCCUGGAACUCAAGUUCACCAUAAAGCUUCCAGUGCCCGAAGGACUGGAGGGCUGUCGUCAAACUUGCUACCAGAGACAUACGAUGACAUAACUGUUGGGUUAGCAAAUAAUGGUUCUCAUUUGCAAUCGUCUGGCCAAGCACAAGAGAACAAUAUGGAGUCAGAAGGCUUGGAUGAGGAUCUGGUGGAGAUUGGCUCCUCUGGUGUUCUAGAUCCUAAUUUUAUUGAGAAGCUGAGUGAAGAAAACAUUGCUCUGUUUUCAAGGCGUGAAGAGCUUCGACAACGAGAUACACAGUUGAAGCAGACGAUUGGAGACCUGGAGCAUGAACUGGAGGAAACAAAAAAGAAGUGUGGUCAGCUUGCUGCUCAGCUCAAGGCAUGGAAGAACCAGCAGCAUCUCCCCUAA